UACUCUCGUCCUUUCCUUUUUCUCCCCAUGAAACAUUCUAUUAUAAGUUCACCACAACUAACCCCAUCUUUCAAUACAUGUUGCACUAUCUAAUGUAAUUACAUGCAUUACAGUACCAAAACUCAUUCUUUCAUGCAUCCCCUACCACCAAUAUCACGGCUCAAAUCUAUCAAUAUAUAUCACCAUCACCCUAACUGCAUGCAUUCUCUAAAAAGCAAUGGUAGUGAAAAUAACGGAGGAGCCGCCACCACCACCAGUAGAAUCAGCCGCCACCUCCAAUUAAACAAAUGUCAAUAACAAGUUACUUAUACAAACGGGAUUAAAGGGUACCCGUACUACCAAACUGAGUAUUAACGGGUAACCUGCGGGUACCCAAUGUAGAAAUCAUUGAUCCCAAGACCCAUCUCGUAUAAAAAAUUAUGGGUAUUUGGGUACCCAUAACCCUAAAAAAACGGGACGGGUACCCAUAUUUGUUUCCCGUUGCCCACCCCUAGGCUGGACCCCUCACUGGCCUGUUUUUUUUAACUAACCAGUGUUUCCAAAAAAUAAAGAAUUUUCCCCCAAACUGAUGUUAAUUUGAACCCGCCCUCGUCGGGUAUUACCUGACCUGGUCUGUGAUGGGCAUGUAUUAUCCGACCCGCAGUAGCAUGGGGCGAGGUAUGAGUAUCUACUUCUGACUGCCCUGAACCACCCUGUCUCGUUCUUGACUCAUUUUAUCUCAAUUUCUUACCGUAUCUAUUCAUAUUUCUCUUAUUUUGACUUUUGUUCAACUAGUUAGGUUUGACCUUUCAACUAGUCAGAGUCAAUUACCCAUUCUAUUAUCCCUAUUCUUCAAUUUAUAAAGUGUUUCCCUUUGUUUUAUCGUAAAAAGGUAAAAUUUUACGUGUAUUUAUAUCAAAUAAUAUGCCAGAGUGGGUCAACCCGCCCAACCUCAUACCCGGCCCGACUCAUAGUAGGGGUGCCAUUGGUAUUGAAGUACUCACUCUGCAUGCUCCAUUGCCAUCAGAGUAACCCAACUUACUAGAAACAUACUCAAUUACCACAUUAAAAAAUAUUAAAAUUUUUCCAAAUUACCAAAUUUUGGGCAGAAUUGUUGUGACCUCAACCGAGAGGACAUUAGGAGGACUGGAGAAAAUGUAGUAUUGCCGAGUAGGAGGAGGCCGUGGCAAGGGGACACGACCUACGUCGAUGAUGAGGGGGUGAGGGAAGAAAAUGUUGCGGAUAAAACACACUCUAAAAUGAAGAACUUCUAAUCCGGAGGGGGAGAAGUGGGCCAAGGAAAUUCCUAAGGGGUCGUUUGGAUUAGAGAUUGUAGUGAGGGAUUUGUGAGGGAUUUUAAAACAAUCUCUCAUUGUGCAAGAUUUUAAAACAAUCAUGCGUUUGGUAACAUGAGGGUUUUCGUAAUUAGGAAUUUCAUAAACUCUCAAAUAAGAGUUUUUGAAAUAGCUGAUCCCAUCAUCUAUUUCUAAAUCUCUCAUUCUUGUUUUAAUUUUUCCAAAACCUACCCUCGCCUCUUCUUAGGGAUGGGUAGAAUUGUAAUUUUAUUUUUUAAUUAAAUCCCUCAUUCAUUUCCAAACAAGUAAUUUGGGUCAAAUCCUACAUUUAAAAUAUCUGGGUUUUUAAUUGAGAGAUUUUAAUCCAAAUCCCUCAUUUACACAUUUCCUCAUCCAAACGACCCCUAAGAGACUAUGGGAGGGGUAGAGAAGACAACUGAGAGAGCGGAAAGAGUGUGUCGUGUGUGUAUGUCACACAUGUAAGGAUUUAGGGUUUAAUGGAUCACUAGGCUGUUAAGCAAGAGGCUCUGAUACCAUGUAAGGAUUAUCAAUCGUGUGCAGGGGCGGACCUACUUGUUGGCAAGGGGUGUCGUCCGACACCCUUUCGCCCGAAAAUUUUGUGAAGAACCUAUAUAUUUUUGUCACAAAAAAUUUUAAUAAGAGAUUUCUGACACCACUUUAAUAAUUAUAGUCGAUACUCCUUCAUUAGGCGACACCCCUCUUUAACAAUCCUGGGUCCGCCACUGACCGUUUGUAUUAUUAUUGAUACAAGAGUAUAUUUAUACCCAUAAGAUUACAGAGUACAAGUAGGAUAAGUAGACAAUUUACAGAAGGAAUACGAAAUACAAAUCCUACUGCUACAAGGACAAAAACUUGUCCCUAAUAAGUAAUAACACAUGGAGGCAAGAUGUGUUAUCGAUUGAUUAGGUUGAUAAGAGAUCGAUUAUCUUUCAACAUAUGAAAUGGAUAUAUGGAAUUGAUCUUAGAAUGAAAGGGUUUGGAUUAGGUAAGGUGACAAAACUCAUUUUGCAACGAGGUGCCUUAUUGUCAUGUUAACUAUGCACACUUAAUUUCACUAUGAUUCGAAGAAACAUAAGUGACACCUUUUGAAAUUUGAUGGCAAUUGCAUUGAGCUGAGUGUUAUUUAGCAAUAAGUUUUGACUUGUAAUCCAAAACAUAAGCCACAAGAAUUGGAAUCCAACUUUGCCAGAAGAUGCGAUGCGAUCAUAGCAAGGGCUCUCAAGUCUUUUAUAUUUUUGUGGGCUGUAAGUUGCUAAGGCCUAAGGGUCUCUGGGCCUAGUUCAUGAUCUGGUCGUAAGCAGCCCAUAGAGUUACUGUACAUUCAGCCCAUUGGCAAAAGAGCGAAAAAAAUGAAUGGCUUCGCCCGGGUUCGAACCGGAGACCUUCAGUGUGUUAGACUGACGUGAUAACCAACUACACCACGAAACCAAUUGUUGAAUUUCUACUGCCUGUUAGUAAUAAUAUAAAAUUGAACACGGUGCUGCAUUUUGUUAUCUCCAGGACACAGUCCAGAAAUCGGAUUAGCUGCUCAAAGUGAGGCUGAUGGCGGCAACAACGCCUUCUUCACUCUCCGUCGCCAUGAUUCCCGCAGCGAGCGCCGCCUCUCCGUCGAAUUCUCUGUCUUGUUCCCUUCUGUUCCGCUCAGAAACCCUUAACAAAACCCAGCAGAAGCUCCCGCCGUCGCACCUCGCACUCCUCAAAUCCCGCUCCUUCAUACUUCCCUCGCGGCAAUACCAACAAACAUGUCUCAGCGCUCAUCUCCUCCCAAAGAAGAAACCGAGUCCUUUUCCUCUCAGCGCUGUGAGGAAGGGAAAGAGCGGCGGUGGUAAUUUAGCGGUUGCAGAAAGCAAUGACUUUGCGGAAGAAGAUGAAGACGAAUUUGAUUUUCUGGAUGACGACGGUGAUUAUGACGACGAUGACGACGACGUAGAGGACGGGGAGAUGUUGCUGCCACUUGAGAAGAUGCAGAAAUGGCUCGAGAGGAAGCCCCGUGGGUUUGGUGAAGGGAAAGUCUACGACACAUCUGUUGAAGAUAAGCUGAUGGAAGAAAUCGUCCAGAGUCAAAUGGCUCAAGCUGCCAAUGUCAAUAACCUGAAGAACAACCCUAUCAAGCCCAGGCCCAAGGUAGAGGAUUCGAAGAAGAAAGCUGCCGAAGCUGUACCAAGUGGAGUGCGGGUGCUUUUGACCAGCCUCCCAAAGAAGAAGAACGUUCAAAGAGAUUUGAGGUCAGCUUUCAAGGAAUUCCGCGGAAUCGUUGAUAUCGUUCCUGCUGUUUCUGGGAACAAGAAGACAAAGGACCCUGUUUGCAAAGGGUUUGCUUAUGUUGAUUUUAAGUCCGAGGUGGAUGCAACCAGGUUUGUGCAACAGUUCUCUGGAGAGAGCAUAGCGUUUGGUAAGAUUCAGAAGCAGAUAAAAUGCAGGAUUCAAAACUCGGGCUCAAGCACUACAUCUGGUGAUGAAUUGACCGACAUGGAUGUGGAUGGUGCGGCCUAUGAAGAUGAAAAGUUUGAUGAAGAAGAAGAAGAUGAUCAUAACAAUGAGAUCUCAGAAACACUAAAUGCAAGUGCAAUAGAGAGCAUGAAAUCUCUCAGCGUAUCAGAGUUGAAUAUUACUGAAAACAAGAAAACUGAAAGUCGGUCAUCAUCUUCGCCAAAGAAGAAGGGAACUAAGAAGAGUAGCGCAAGUUCUAAAAAGAAAGUGCAGAAGGUUCCCAAGUUAGAGAUUCCAGGAUCGGCAAAAAGGCUAAAGGUCAGGGACAAGGCCGUGCUGACUGGUGUCUUCGCCAAAUACGGGUUGCAAGCUGCGGUCGCUACAAAGGAAGAAAGCUAACUGUUUCACUGUAGUGUUUGGUUCCAGAACUUUAGGGAACAAACCUCAUUGAAGUAAACCCACUUGUGAUUUUUGUGCUAGAUAGAUCUCCAGUGCAGUUUGUCAUAGUUGGGAUUUUUGUGCUAGAUAGAUCUCCAGUGCAGUUUCAACACCAAUUACAUCGUGAGAAACCCAGUCGGCUGUUGUCUUGGCAUUAGGGCCUAGGGGAAUUGAUGAGGCAAGCAGCUAUGGCCGAAGAGUGGCCUAAACUAAUGCAUUACUGUCUGGUUCUAUGUGGUAACACCGGGUUCACUUCAAUUUGGAUAGUAUAUGUUCUCGAGUUUGUCUCUCCUAAUCCGUUUGUCCCUCCCUCCCCUCCAUGUCUAUGUGCUGAGUUACAUAAUUGAAGCAGUUGGAGCCUAGGAGGCAUACUGCAACCACUAAGUUAAAGACGACAUGCCUGCAUACUUCUUGCUCUGUGUGUGUCAUCUUUGAUAUAUCUUUCUUCUGAUGGAAUCUUCCAAUUGAAGAACGAAGUAUGGACUGUGAAAACCUAUUGCUGCAGCCUGCAGCUGCCCUGAAAGUGCUAUCCCACCUUCCACCCCCAUACUCGGCUUUGAGCUCGCUCUUGAUCGUCCCAGCUCCCAUCAGAGAUGCUGUGUAUGAUCACGUGGCUGAGAGACGCUUCGACUGGUUUGGAAAGGCAAAUGAUUGCUUCGUGUUGAAUGACAAAGAGCUGCUUGAUCGGUUCAUUGACAAGUCACAACUCACAAGGAUGAAAUGAUGGGUAGAUAUACGGUUUUUUCCAGAUCACUUCUAUAUAUAUAAACCUGUAGUUCCCUAAGCUCCUAACUACUCUAUACAAGCAAGGUUCUAUACUAGAAAAAACGCAUUUUGCUAGU